AUGACAGAAGAACAAAAGAGUGGACCAUCUUCUUCAACAGCUACCAAGCAACCUGGUAAACAAGACAAUACUGAAAAAGCCGAAGACAAUGCGAGGUAAAUCUUUCUAUUUUUUUUGAUUUUAGACGUUUCAAAAUUGAUUUAAUACACGUUUAAACCUGAUUUUUUUCUUUGUUGAUGUGUUGGAUGGCUAAUUUGAUGUUGGGUUAUUUUUGUAAGAUCGUUUAAACUCCUAUAUUUUUUUAGAUUUGAAUGUAAUAUUUGCUUGGAUGUGGCAAAAGAUGCGGUUGUGUCAAAGUGCGGACACUUAUUUUGUUGGCCUUGUCUUCAUCAGUGGUUAGAAACACGUCCAAAUCAGCAGUUGUGUCCAGUGUGCAAAAGUGCAAUUUCGCAAGACAAAGUUAUCCCUAUCUAUGGCAGAGGCGGCAAUGAGACCGAUCCUCGAUCUAAAAUUCCUCCAAGACCGAGAGGGCAAAGAACAGAAGAACCUCAAAAUGGUUUUCCCACCUUCCAUUGGGGUGGUGAUGGCGGACAAGGUGGUGUUCAGUUUUCACUCGGUAUUGGCGUCUUUCCUAUAUCUUUUAUGGCAUCGUUUUUUAACAUGAAUGCUGGUCAACGGCGCAAUGACACGCGUACGUUUAUUUAAUUUUAACUUUUUAGAUAUACUUUAAGUAUAAUCAUUAGAAUUUUAAGUAUGUAUUUUCUGUCUUGCUUAUUACGACUUAUGAAAGAAGUUCGCGAAGCAAUGUUUGGGAACUUUAUUUUUGCUUGAGCGUUUUUUAUCUUUACGUAUUUAACUGUGUUUUUCUACUUAAUAUUAAUUUUCAGCCAACGAUGGAAGUGUGCAAGCAGGUGAAGAACAACUUCUUUCCAAUGUUUUUUUUGGAAUUGGUAUUGCUUUUAUUCUUUGGCUUCUUCUACUGUGA